UGGCCAAGGUGGGGAAGAAGAGAACACGCGUACGGAGAAACAAUGGCGAGUAAGGGGCGGUUUCGGCAAGAAUUUCGACUCAAGUCAUUCGGUCUGAACCACGGACAGCCUCGUGACUUUACAAGGAGUCCGUGGUUCAGCAGCCCCGUACCGUUCCUGAUCUACCGCACAGUGACAUGUCUGUACCAGGUCUGCACCUACGCGACUGCGCACUCGAUCUACGGUGUCAGCCCCAAGUCGCUGAUCUACCUGACCGAACUGGGCUACAUCAUUCUCACGGUCCACAGCAUAGUGAGCGCCGGGUUCUGCUUCAUUGACGUUUUCGGCAUCUCAUGUCGCCCGAAAUCGCCCGAAGACCGUCCGACUUUUCCCAACAAUGAUGUCACAACGGCGAGGUCUACUGAUGCCAUUCACCAAACAAGCCAGUCGCUCAAGCUUCCGUGGUACUACAAAGGGUACUGGGUCUUUUACAACGUGGUCUUUGGCAUUGGGUUGUACAUCACCAUCGCAUAUUGGGCACUACUCGCGGACGACACAGGCCCUCGCAGUAUCCUGUUCCACGCCAUGAACUGUGUCGUCAUCGUGAUUGACGUGUCCGUCAGCGCUCUGCCACUCCGUCUGUUCCAUUUCGUCUACCCGUCAGCCUUUGCGCUCGCGUAUGUGAUCUUUACGGUUAUCUACUGGGUAGCGGGUGGUACCGACGUCAACAACAAUCCUUGGAUUUAUCCAGUCCUCGAUUACGGAGGCAACCCCGCAAUGGCCGCUGGUAUCGCCGCUGGGAGCGUCUUGGUUGCGGUCCCGCUGUGUCACGUGGUCAUAUUCGGUCUCGCCGUUGCUCGCGAGAUGUUGGCAGGUCACGUGAAAAGGCGCAGCGCCAAAGUGGAUGUCCAAAUGGAACAGCGUCGUGAACAUGGACUCGCCUAA